AUGAACAAUAAUCAAACGCCCAAUCAAGACAUCAAUUUUAGCGAUUGUGUAAACUCUAAAAGUAACCAUAAACGAAUGAAAAAAAGUAGCGAUAAGCAAAACUCCUACGUGGAAGAAAAAAAACAAAAGGAAAAAAAAACUCAAUCACCUGAACAAGUCAGGCAAGAAAAGGAAGGAAAUUAUGAACAGUCAGAAAAAAAAAAAAAUUUAGCAAAUGAUAAUGGAAUUCAAAUUUCAACAUGCGAAAGUUUUAUUAACAUAGAUAAUUACACAACAUCGUAUGAUAAUUUGUCUGUUAAAGAAUUAACUGAUGAAGAGAUUUUAUCUGAAAAUGAAUACAACAAAAAAAUUAAGCAAAAUAAAAAUGAUUUACUCAUUAGUAAAGAAUAUUACGAUUUUCUUAUAAAUAACGAUGAUGUGCAUGCUAGUGAGAAGUACACAAAAAAUGAUGUGCACUUUGACCAACUCAUUCAAUCUGAAACAAAUAAUUAUUCCCCUCACGUCUUUUCGACAACAUUUUCUUAUAAUGUCGACGAAUGGAUUAACAAAUUGUUAAAGUGCGAGUUGUUGCAUCUUGAAGAAGUUAAACUCAUGUGCACUCUCCUAACUGAUAUUCUAAAACAGGAACCGAAUUGUGUCCAAGUCAGUGCACCCGUCACCGUUGCAGGUGAUAUCCAUGGCCAGUUCUACGACCUCCUCGAGUUAUUCCACAUAGGUGGUUUUCCACCGGAUGUGAACUACCUAUUUCUAGGGGACUAUGUAGACAGAGGAUAUUACUCAUGCGAAUGCUUUUGUCUAGUGGCAUGUUUGAAAAUAAAAUAUCCACGGAGAGUUACUAUUUUAAGGGGAAACCAUGAAAGUAGACAAAUAACGAAAGUUUACGGAUUUUAUGAUGAGUGCAUAAGAAAAUAUAAUGGAGAUUAUAAUGCAUGGAAGCAUUUAACAGAUGCUUUUGAUUAUUUACCAUUAACAGCUAUAAUUAAUAAUGAAAUAUUUUGUGACCAUGGUGGAAUAUCACCAUAUUUACAUACAAUUAAUCAAAUUAAUAACCUGGACAGAUUUAGAGAAAUUCCACAAGAUGGCCCGAUUUGUGAUUUAUUAUGGAGCGAUCCUGCAGGGCCAGAAGAUGAAAUUACCGAAGGAUGGAAAUCAUCUCCAAGAGGUGCAGGUGUUGUGUUUAGUGAAGAAAGAACAAGUUCAUUUCUCCGAUUGAAUAAACUCAAUUGUAUAUGCAGAGCUCAUCAACUUGUUCAGGAUGGUUUUUUAUGGAUGCACAAUGAAAAGGUUGUAACCAUUUUUAGUGCACCAAAUUAUUGUUAUCGGUGCGGAAAUUCUGCUUCUCUAAUGCUUGUAGAUGAAUAUAUGGAAAAAGAUUUUGUCACUUUCAAUACGGCCCCCCUACGUGCAAAUGCAAAAAUAUUGAGAAAAAAUGUAGACUAUAUGUUGUGA